AUGGGAGAAGAAUUGAGUGGUGCUGCGGGGUUUCUUGAGGUAGUGUACAGAGAGAUAUGUACAGAAUAUGCCGAAACAAUAUAUAGUCUACAAGAAAAAAAUGUUACUGAUAGUGAGGCAUUACUCAGACAAUUCUCAGAGUUUCCUGAAGCAACAUUUAAACAAUACUUAAACACAGAAGCACCAGUACUUAGAAAAAAUAAAAACAGAUCCAACCAGCUUCGUGAGUCAGGAAACAAGGCGUACUCUCAGAAAAAUAAUGCAAGUGCUUUAAAGCUCUAUACCGAUGCCAUCAGAUUUGCCCCAUACCAUCUAAUAGAUGAUGAUACUAGUGCAGGAUAUGGAGAAGAAUUGGCUCUAGCCUUUGCUAACAGAUCUGUUGUUUUAGUGCAACUGAAGAACUAUGAAGCUGCUUUGUCUGAUAUUGAUCUGGCAUUUAUGGCUCAAUAUCCUCAGAAUCUGAGAUAUAAGCUGUAUGAAAGAAAAGGAAGAUGUUUGCAGGCUUUAAAACAGGAUAAAUUAGCUGAGGAGGCGUUUAAUUCUUGUCUGAGUGGUAUCAGAGAAUCUACUCUUACAGAGGAAAAAAAACAGAAGCUUGAAACAGAAAUAAAAGCUUUAAUUAAAAAUCUUUCACCGUCAGAUGAUAAGAAGGGAAAAGAGCCUGAAAAAAGAAAAAUUCCUCAAUUAAAGAGAAAAAAUAAGAAUUUUCCCGCAUUCUCAGAUUCGGUCAGCAUUCAGUACAAAGAGAGUCAAGGAAGAUUUGGUGUUGCAGUUAGAGAUAUACCUCUAGGAGAAUUGGUUUGCUUAGAAGAGCCGCCAUGUUUUUAUUUGCACGAGGAGAUGACUGGAGUCAACUGCUCAAAUUGUUUCCGAAGACAUGAAGCCCCCUUGCCUAGUCCUAUCUGCACACAAAAUGUGUUCUGCUCUCUUGAAUGUCAAAAGACUGGGAUGUCAGGGUACCAUCUUGUGGAAUCUAAGUUCAUGGAUGUUCUUUUUCAAAACGGUCUGAAAAAGAAAGAAUGGUUCCUAGCACUCAGGGCAGUGACAAAUAAACCUUUGGAGUUCUUUACCUCUCUCCAACACAAAUUAGACCAUCAACCAAAGUAUGGCUUAGAAAAAGAUGAUUUUGUUUACAAUACUGAGGACUUCCUAACACUCUACAAUCUUGUCAGUCAUACUGAACAAUGGGAUCAGAAGGAACAUGCUUAUAAGGCAUUUUUUGCCCUGUUCUUUGUCCGGUGCUUGCAGAAAUCAGAAUAUUUUGGUGAAAAGCAAAGCUGUGAUAACAAGUUAGGUCCCGAGGAACUAAUGAUAGGAAAGCUUCUAAUCCAUUUGAUGGAGGUUGCAACGAUGAAUAGUCAUGAAAUCGGACAACUAGAGUGUUUUGGAGAAGAAACGUCUUGGUUACUUGGUACAACUAAAGCUGUGGGAUGUGCAUUAGAACCAACCUUAGUUUUGCUCAACCAUUCGUGUGAUCCUUCGCUAAUCAGAUUAAAUUUUGGAACGUCAACGUUUUGCUUUGCAUCUCGAUUCAUUAAGAAGGGGGAAGAAAUAACUGAUUCCUAUACCCUUACAUACGACGUAACACCAAAACUAGAAAGACUUUCAACUCUAAGUAAGAAGUACAAGUUUGAGUGUAACUGUUUGGCUUGCAAGGAAGAGUGGAAUACUUAUCAAUUAUUACCAAAGUCUUUUAAUGAUCUCGUAGACAACCAGCUGAAGCUGACUGCACAGAACGCUGGAUCACUGGGUGGCCGUGUACAAGCAAUACAGCAGCUGGGCGCCAAAAUACAUCGGGUACAGCAGAACAAGGAUUACAGUGGUGCUUUGCAGAUAUAUCCAGAUUUUCUCAAAGCCUUAGAUGGAGUAAUAUCUCCCCCUCAUCAGUUUUAUGUUAUCGCCAGGAGAAGCUAUUCAACCUGCCUUUGGGUGCUCUAUGGAAAUUGUCUACGCAUCAACUAAAUUGUCUAUACAUAUCAACUACAUUAUCUACGCAUAUAGUAAAUUGUAAAUAUGUCAACUAAAUUGUUCACGCAUCAACUAAAUUGUCAACGCAUCAACUAAAUUAUCUACGUAUCAACUAAAUUGUCUAUACAUAUAAACUACAUUAUCUACGCAUUAAGCAAAUUGUAAAUAUGUCAACUAAAUUGUUCACGCAUCAACUAAAUUGUCAACGCAUCAACUAAAUUAUCUACGUAUCAACUAAAUUGUCUAUAAAUAUCAACUACAUUAUCUACGCAUUAAGUAAAUUGUAAAUAUGUCAACUAACUUGUCAACGUAUCAACUAAAUUAUCUACGUAUCAACUAAAUUGUCUAUACAUAUCAACUACAUUAUCUACGCAUUAAGUAAAUUGUAAAUAUGUCAACUAACUUGUCAACGCAUCAACUAAAUUAUCUACGUAUCAACUAAAUUGUCUAUACAUAUCAACUACAUUAUCUACGCAUUAACUAAAGUGUAAAUAUGCAACUAAAUUGUUCACACAUCAACUAAAUUGUCAACGCAUCAACUAAAUUAUCUACGUAUCAACUAAAUUGUGAAUUAUACGUUACAAAUAAAUUGUGAGCCCAUUAA